AUGAUCAACUUUGGCAUCAUUGGUACCAACUGGAUCACACACUCCUUCGUCGCAGGCGCCCACGCAACUGGAAAAUGGAAUCUCGCCGCCGUCUACUCGCGCAAAACCGAGACGGCCGAGGAAUUCGCGAGCCAAUAUGAGGGCCAAACCAUCACCACCUACACCGACCUCGAGGCCCUCGCUGCCGACCCCACCAUCACCACCGUCUACAUUGCCAGCCCCAACAUCCUGCACUACACCCACGCCAAGCUCAUCCUGGCCGCGGGAAAAAACGUCAUUCUUGAGAAACCAGCGUGCUCGACCGUCGCCGAACUCGACGACCUCUUCCAAACCAGCAAAGCCAACAACGUCAUCCUCCUCGAAGCCUUCCGCCACCUCCAAGAACCAAACUUCAAACUGCUCAAACAACACAUCCCAACCCUAGGCCCCCUCUACGGCGCCUCCUUCACCUUCGCCCAGUACUCAUCCCGCUACGAAAAAGUCCUCGCAGGCGAAACACCAAACAUCUUCAACCUAGCCAUGGGCGGCGGCGCCCUCGUCGACCUCGGCGUCUACCCCCUCGCCGCCGCAAUCGACCUCUUCGGCGCCCCCACCCAGUCAUCCUACUCACCCAUCAAAAUCGCCACGGGCGCCGACGGCGCCGGCACCCUUCUCCUCACCUACCCAACCUUUGCCGUGCACCUCAUGCACAGCAAAAUCUUCAAUUCCGCCGCCCCGAGCGAAAUCUACGGUCAACGCGGUACCCUGUCCAUGCCCAGUGUUGCCGAUAUCGAGACGGUGACGUACUGGGAUGCAAAGAGUAAGCAGGUCCAGGUGCUGGAGGGGGUUCAGGAGCGCGAGCGGCUGAGCUUGAGGCAUGAGGCGGAGGAGUUUGCGCGGGUGUUGGGAGAGCGGGAUGAGCGGGAGGUGGAGCGCUUGGGGCGGGUGAGUCGUGAGGUGGUGGCGGUUUUGGAGCGGGUGAGGAGGGAGAAUGGGUUGUUGUUUCCGGGGGGGAUAUAG